AUGGAGUUUUUUUCAAGCCUCAUCACAAUGAACAUUCAGGGUCCUGCCGCUUCACGACAUCGUGAUACUUCCAUCGUCGCGAGUGGCGCUUCUAUCGUCGCAAGCGGCGCUUCCGUCGUCGCGAGGGGAUUUCAAGGCAUGUGCCGCUUUGAUUGCCGGAUGAUGGUGAGGAGACCCUUGGUUGGCGCUUGGCGACGCGUUUUUCCCUUCGCGCGGCUCUUCGCACGGCGGAUGGUGGCGAAUGCGGCUGAUGACAACCCGUCGAUGGCGCUUCUCCCGUCGCGCGGUGUUGCUUCGUCCGGGGCAUGGCGACGAGUAUCCCGUCGCACGGCGUCGCUUCGGCGGGAGCAUGGCGACUCUUCACCCGUCGGGCGGCGCUUCGCACCGCGCCGGCGACGCCUCUCAGAUUCGUCGUCGUUUUUCGUUUUGUCAUCUUCCGUUUUGUUCUCGUUCUUCGGCCUUUCUCACUCGUGGCAUGACGUGGUCGAUGCGCAGCCAGGAAUGAAGAAAGGCCAAGACGUCAACGUCAACGUCAACGUCAACAACCAAGACGACCAAGACGACCAAGACGACCAAGACGACCAAGACGACCAAGACGACCAAGACGACCAAGACGACCAAGACGACCAAGACGACCAAGACGACCAAGACGACCAAGACGACCAAGACGACCAAGACGACCAAGACGACCAAGACGACCAAGACGACCAAGACGACCAAGACGACCAAGACGACCAAGACGACCAAGACGACCAAGACGACCAAGACGACCAAGACGACCAAGACGACCAAGACGACCAAGACGACCAAGACGACCAAGACGACCAAGACGACCAAGACGACCAAGACGACCAAGACGACCAAGACGACCAAGACGACCAAGCCAACCAAGCCGACCAAGACGACCAAGACGACCAAGACGACCAAGACGACCAAGACGACCAAGACGACCAAGACGACCAAGACGACCAAGACGACCAAGACGACCAAGACGACCAAGACGACCAAGACGACCAAGACGACCAAGACGACCAAGACGACCAAGACGACCAAGACGACCAAGACGACCAACAAUAG